UUAUUAGGGCGCCCGACAGCAAUGAGCCUUCUGCUCAGUCACCGCCCGUCAUACACGCAGGCGGGUUCACUGUUUUGCCAGGGUCCACGAUUUUACCGGCCAGUAGAAAAGAAAAAAAACGGAGACGUCAUCCUCUGCCUUUCAGAGGCUCUAGUGGAUGACAUCCGUCAGGUCAAAGUUCGACCGAGAAUAAAACAGAAGCGUCAUGGAUGCACAGGGGAACCCCGGAGACUUUUGGAAGCUGGAGUUUGCAGUCCAGAUGACCUGUAAGAAAUGUGUCCUUGCAGUGAAGAGCGCCUUACAGGAUGUCAAAGGUGUACAGAAUGUAGAUGUCAGCCUAGAAUCUGAAUCUGUUGUGGUGGAGACAACAUUGCCGGCAUCGGAGGUGCAGAAGCUGCUGGAGAGUACAGGACGGAGAGCUGUGCUGAAAGGAAUGGGAAACGUUAGAUCACAGAACCUAGGAGCAGCUGUAGCUAUGUUGGCAGGAGCGGGAUCACUACAGGGUGUUGUUCGUUUUCUUCAAGUUUCAGAGAACACCUGUAUUAUUGAUGGAACUGUGGAUGGGCUGAGUCCUGGACUUCAUGGUAUUCAUAUUAAUGAAUUCGGUGAUCUCUCAAUGGGAUGUGAGAGAUGUGGUGGACAUUACAAUCCUGAAGGUAAUUCACAUGGGAGUCCAGGACAAGCAGAUAGUCAUGUUGGUGACCUGGGAAACAUCUCGGCUAGUGAUGAAGGUCGAGCAACAUUUAGAUUUGAAAAUAACCGGGUAAAGGUAUGGAACAUCAUAGGUCGUUCUUUAGUUGUGGACGAAGGAGAAGAUGACCUUGGACGUGGAUCUCACCAUUUAUCUAAAGUUACAGGCAACUCAGGCAAAGGGUUGGCUUGUGGAAUCAUUGCCCGCUCUGCUGGCCUUUUUGAGAACGCAAAACAAAUUUGUUCUUGUGACGGCAUAACCAUAUGGGAAGAAAGAGACUUUCCUAUAGCUGGCCCAGAACGAAAAAAAGGGCACCCUACCUAUGCACACUUGUAGGGAUAGUGGACUUGUCUUGCUUACUGGAAUUAUCUAGCUAUAUAGUGCCUGCACUCUUUACAAACCAGGAUUUAAAAGAUAUGGCAGACAUUACACAACUACUCCCACCAGCUUCUCUAGCUUUUGGUGACAUCUGUGCCUCAGAAGAAUGCCACUCUUCAGCUCACUUUAAAAGUCUACUAGGCAAAUUGGACCAAUUGAAUUACCUAUAAAUCUAAUGGAAUUUUAGAAUAUAAAGUUGUACUGAACAUUAUUUAUUUCCUGGUAAAUCCAUUGCUUAAAAUGUGUAUCAUAAAAAGUAUUGAAUCAGCUGGGUCCACAUUCCAGUGAUACAUUAUUUCUGUGCCCCAGUCUGACCGCAUGUCUCAGCACCCGAAAUGGCAGCUGUCACUUUAGGUCCUUAGACAGCGGUCAGACUAUGGACGCAAAAAUCUGUUCAAUUUGUCAUUAUAUAGCCUAUAACACUGAUCUGCUACUGAUUCGGUCAUUGCUAAGGAGUCUGUGGUAUUUGAGAUUAUAAAACAUGUUGUCCAGAAAAUGAUUUAUAAUGUAAUGUGUUUUUUUGUUUUUUUUUAAUGAUUUGGAUAUUUAAAUUUAUAAGAAGUCUUUGAUAUUUGAGAUUAUAAUACAUGCUGUGCAGAAAAUGUGUAUAAUAAACAUUUAUAA